GACAGUAGGUCUUGUUUUGAUGAGAGCAGAACGGCUCUUGAAGGUUAUCGAUACACAGCAGGAACAAUAGUCCGUUGUGAUUUUUUAAAAAUAUAUUUAAUAGGCUCAGUAGCUUUUUUUUUUGCUACAUUUCCGAUCGAGUCGCCGAGAAAGGAGCGACUUGAUCCCCAUCCCGGUGUAGGUGGUUUUGUGAAUCCAGGUCGAAAGGGAUGCCGCUGCAGACAGACUCCGACGGACGCCAACAGUCGCUGGAUUUAAUCUCGUCGCAUCUAAUCGGGAAGAGCAGCUUCUCUAUAAACUUAAAAGGCCUCAGAACGUCCCCCGCUCGACCGAGUGCUUCCGUGAGAUACAUAAACUCCAGUUCACGGUGUUAAAAACAACAACAACAACAAAGUGUCGCUUUUUCGGGGGCGUCAGUCUUCAAGCUAACGGCUAGCGUUAGCCGGCGGAAAAAAAACAAAAGCGCGGAUCGCUAAUCCCCGGGGAGCGGCUCCGGAGAAGCAAGGCGGCCGUCUAACGGUGCUACCGAGGUCCAGCCCGCUUCAGCCUGCCUGCGCGGAAGCUUAUUUGGUCGGCGACCAUGAAACUGCUGGAAAACUCCAGCUUUGAAGCCCUCAGCUCCCGGCUGUGUGUUGAAACAGGGGAGUCCCGCAUCCUCGGCAGGAUCGAGAGCUACUCCUGCAAGAUGGCCGGGGACGACAAGCACAUGUUCAAGCAGUUCUGCCAGGAGGGCGAGCCCCACGUGCUGGAGGCCCUGUCCCCGCCCCAGUCCGGCAGCGCCGCCAGCCCCUCGCAGCUGGGGAAGAGCGGCGAGGACGGCGAGAACCCGCUGAGCGACAAGGUGUGCAGGAAGACGCUGUUCUACCUCAUCACCACGCUCAACGAGUCCUUCAGGCCCGACUACGACUUCAGCGCCGCCCGGGCCCACGAGUUCAGCCGGGAGCCCAGCAUCAACUGGGUGGUGAACGCCGUCAACAGCAGCUUGUUCUCGUCCGUGGGCGAAGAGUUCAACUCCGUGGGGCCCGAGCUGUGGAACGCCAUCGACCAGGAGAUCCACCUGCAGAGCUGUGACAUUUACAGCUACAACCCGGACCUGGACUCGGAUCCUUUCGGCGAGGAGGGGAGCCUCUGGUCCUUCAACUACUUCUUUUAUAACAAAAAGCUGAAGAGGAUCGUGUUCUUCACGUGCCGCUCCGUCAGCGUUCUCAGCGGCUACGGCCGCGGUUGCCCCGACAACGAGCUGGACAUGGAGCUGGAGGACGAGGAGGAGAUGGACGGCUUCACCGAGGGAGGGUGUCCCAGAGCCCUGUGUGUGUAGAUCCUGGACCUGCAUCCAAAGAUCACCCAUAGCCGCACUCUUGCUCUCUUUCCCUUUUUGUUUUGUGUCGCUCUGUGAGAGUUUUACUGCCCCCCCCGCCGGAAGCUGCGCUGCUCUGCGGGGAAUGACGCAUGUUUUAGUCUCCUGGCGAACUCUGCGGACGUUUGUAGGAAAGGCGCCCCGCUGCCACGAGAACUUCCAAUUUUGUUGUCCUCAACAUCGUUUUUGACCCUUCGGCUCCUCUCCGUGCAUUUUUAUUUUAUCUUUUUUCUGGAAGAGACUUUGUGACGGACGCCGGAGCAGAAGUGGGUUUAUGGCAGAGAAAGAUGUCAAAGACUGCCGGGGAGUUUGGCUCCAGAUCACACCAGCAACAGGCGUUCCAGGUCCGACUUCCGGAUCAGACUGAACGAACGGCUGACGUUGUGUCUUCAGCGUCUUUUUAUGUGUGAAAGUGAUGCUACUGUGAAACGUCUGACAUCCUAAAAAAAAAAGAAGAAAAAAAUAACCUUUUAUUACUGAAACUGAUCUGAUGGUAGCUGUUUCCUUGCAGGCUCUCCUCUGAACCCAUCCUGACAGCGAGGGGUUGGCCUCUGGGCCGCAGCUCAGAUCAUAUCGGCUUUUAUUAGACAUUAACUCAUACGUCCUGUUGGCGUGUUUUUCCAUUUUUAUUUUCGUUCUAUUCUUCAACGUGUGUUCCUGCUGCUGUUUAAUUUGCUCCUCGCCUCGUUGCAGCGCUUCGUUAAAAGCCGAAUGUGUCGUACAGGUUGGACUUUUUUUUAGGAAACCGCUCGGCCACUUUUACGUCCAUUAAAGGAUGGGAUGGGUUCCGUGUCUUUAAGACCGCCGGGCCUUGUUCUGAUUGGCCGGUGGUGCAGACCUUGAUAAACUGGUGUUUAUUUCAGAGCGGACUGAGUUUCCUCUGCCAGGAACAGAACCGGAACGACGAAAAGCUUGGCUUUAACGGACUUUUUGAUGCGCAGGUUCAGCUCUUGGGAUGUCAUCUCCCCCCCUUUAAUUCAAUUUAAAAUUUAAAAAUUGGUAUUUAGAUUCAUUGAAAUGUUUAAAUUGUAAGUGCUAACUUUGAUUGCAGCUUUUUUCUUUUAUUGGGGUGUUAAUAGCCCAAUCCAGGCAUGUCCAACCUGCAGCCAUUUCAAGAGAGAUUUGGUCCACUAGCACAGCUGGCUGGGGUAGAUGGGAACGUUUUAUUUUUAAUUAAAGCGUUAUUAGACAGGUUAAAAACUUACAAUUGAAAAUAAGCACACGUUUUCCAAUUAACUUUGAUUUGACAAUAAAUCUAACCAGCAACUUUUACUCAAUUGCAGACUUUUAUGCAUGGAAAAUUUUAUUUGGUUAUUGAAAUUGGCAAAACAGUGUUUUCAAACAAAUACUGAACCAAGUCCUGUUAUGCUUUAUGUUACUAGACCAAAGAGAAUGUACUUUCCUUUUUUCAGUCAAACCCCAAAUAACUUUUGAGUCAAAAAGCCUUUUAAUAAGACAAAUGAGCAAAACCGUGUGUAGGUGGACAGAAGUAAUUGAUUCUAUGUAUUCUGAUUGUAUAAAAGUAAAACCCAGAGUUUUUUUUUUUUUCAGCUGUAAACCCCCCGUUACUAAAAUUAAUAGAGUUAAAGUACUGGAUUGUCAACGUCUGUAACAGCGGCUAUAUUCUGAGUUUGAAAAAACAAAUCCUGAUUUGAGUUGAACAUUUGUCGCACAAAAUGAAUAUCCCUGAUGUUUUGGAAUGAUGAUUGUAUUCACAGUGUCAUGAAUUUAUUCUUUACAUGUCAAUAAUAUAUUCAGCUUGCUGGA